AUGAUCCAAGGAAUCUUCUACGCGCGGUUCUUCCCGCAGGAAGGGCCCAAGAUCGUCGCUCAGUCUCCUCCCUGCUGCAUCACUUCCUCCGAAUGCGCACUGCGCCAGCCGCUCGUCGACUUUGACGUUCUGCAAGAGUACAUAAUCCCUCGUCAGGCCUUCUGCAACCGCUACGUGACCAUCAACACCUCGGACGGCAAGUACGCCAUCCUCGGCCAUCCCGUCGUCAUCGCCGACGCCAAGUAUCAGCGGAAUGAGUUCAUCUUCAACUUUGGCCUCGUCGUCGACGUCGACGUCGACCAGACGCCCUACGAGCGCGUCGUGAGGUGUCUUGCCACGGCCUUUGCCGAGAUGGAAAAGCAGAACGAGUAUCUCAGCACGAGCGAGGGCAAGGACGGCUCCGGCGAGGCCAGGCGCCCCAUCGAAGGUCUGCUCGAGAUCAUCAAGGAGGAUCUCAACAACUACGGCGAAUGCAUGAUACCAGUCGACGACGCAAAUACCGUCAACAUGAAGCUCUUCCCCCACCACCCCAUCCCUCCCGUCGUCCAGGGCUGGCACGUUCCCGUGGCCAAGACCAAGUUUUCCGAAAUCGUCGAUCCCACCUGGGAUCUCACGCUGCAAAAGGUCAUUGCCAGGAUCGACGGCGUCUCCGACGUCCGCCGAAUCGCCCACGAGGCCAACGUCUCCCUCGACCUUGCCAAGACGGCCUUUCGCCACCUCCUCUACUACGACACCAUCCUGCUCCUCGACAUGUUCUUCUUCGCAUCGUGCUACGCACCGCGCCCUGGCAUCCACGAUUUUGUCCGCAAUGUUGACGGCAUGGUGGACGAGUGCGCCGGCUACGUCUCCCAUGGCAGGCUCAGGGUGGCAAACUAUCACCUCAUCAAGCUCAUGACCACCUUUGCGCCCGGCAGGAGCAUCAAGGAAUGGAUCAAGAUGAACCAUGAAAACGGCUUUGAUGUUCUCGGCUACGUCGACGUCCGCCGCUUCGUCCAAUUUGGCGUCAUCAAAGGCUGUCUCUACCGCGUACACAAGUACGUCGUUUCGAAGCAAUACCUCGCCUCGCUCGCCACCGGUCUGAGCCGGCCGGUGCCCGGAGGAGACUCGCUGCAAAAGUAUACGGACGGUAACCACCAUUUCGAUCAGAUCAUCACCGAAAAAAACUUGACGGAAAGCGAAAUAUUACACCGCCUGAAGGCUCUACCAGUGCCCAAGGGAGACUUGGCAGUCUUUUAUCGCUGA